GAACAAGUUGAGUCAUUGACAACACUGGACUGCCUUCAGAGCGGCGACGUCUACCAAUAUGGACGGUCGCGAGAUUUUAGAUUUCGUUACAAAUAUGAUUUGGCAGAGUCCCGGAAGGAGGAGGUCCCAAAAUUCCUUCUCAAAGCUACGAGCUCUCUCUCUCUUCUGUGCUUCAGCUUCUCGAGGAGUAACUGACAUUCUGUCUCUCUCUGCUGUAAUUCGGCUUCUCGAGCAGUAACUGUCUCUUUCUCUUUCUCUCUCUCGGAAAUCCCACCAACUGAAACUUUGUCCCGUCUCACGGGAAAAGCCCCAGAUUAGGAAAACAUUCCUCUGGAUCCUGAGGUAAUGCUAACAGAAGCGCUAGAUCUCUAGGGAUUCUUCAGGUGUUAACCGGGCAGCCAUGAACAGGAAGGUUUUCUACCACCGCCAAUCCUGGCGUUCUUACCUUCGGAGACCGGCGAUCUCACUUUUCUGCUUCGCGGUCGGCAUCGUCGGAAUCGUCUUUGGACUCUUCGCAAUGUGGAGGCCGACGUCAGGCCACAAGUGCAAGGAGUUCGAGGUGAGGACCGUGUCGGUCUUGUCGGAUGUCUCUGGCGGUGGAGUUGAGCAGAUUGCUGGCGUGCUCAGUGUUACGGGAGCGAAGCGGCAUAAGGUGAUGGGGUUCGUCGGGAUCCAGACGGGAUUCGGGUCGUUCGGGAGGAGGAGAUCCCUGAGGAAGACAUGGAUGCCCUCCGAUCACGAUGGUCUUCAACGUUUAGAAGAAGCAACAGGUUUAGCAUUCCGGUUUGUCAUUGGCAAAACCAGUGAUGCCAAGAAAAUGUCAGAUCUCAGGAAGGAGGUGGAGGAAUAUGAUGACUUCAUGCUUUUGGACAUCGAGGAAAUGUACAGCAACCUUCCUCACAAAACGUUAGCGUUCUUCAGAUCUGCUUAUGGACUCUAUGAUGCUGACUUCUAUGUUAAAGCUGAUGAUGACAUCUAUUUAAGGCCAGAUCGCUUAUCAGUACUCUUGGCAAAGGAACGGUCCCACCCUUUAACUUACCUGGGAUGCAUGAAAAAAGGUCCAGUUUUCACUGAUCCGAAGCUCAAAUGGUAUGAGCCUUUAUCCUAUUUGCUUGGUUCAGAGUAUUUUCUUCACGCUUAUGGUCCUAUAUAUGCUCUGUCUGCUGAUGUUGUUGCAAGCAUGGUAGCUGUGAAGAAUGACAGUUUUAGGAUGUUUAGCAAUGAGGAUGUUACAAUUGGUGUGUGGAUGCUUGCCAUGAAUGUCAACCAUGAAAACAAUAUGGCACUAUGUGAGAAAAGUUGUUCAACUUCUUCAAUUGCUGUAUGGGAUAUCCCAACGUGCUCAGGACUCUGCCAUCCAGAAGAGCAACUACUGACCCUUCAUCAGAUGGAGUCUUGUACAGGAACUCCAACACAGCGCUGACGCAUAACAGAGUUGCGGUCCAAGUAUGAUUCAGUGGUCCUCCAGAAAAACAAAAACACACUUAAUUUGAUUAGUGCUAGAUCAAGUGGAGAAUAGAAGUUUCCUGCAAUGGCCCCCAUGGAAACAAGAACUGAUAGCAAGAUGCACAUGCCACUAUGUUGUGAAUAUCUUUCCAUUUUUAAAAAGGGUCCCUUGGCGAUUAUUAUUAAGGUGCUGAAUCUGGGAUGAUGGCCUGAUAUUGAGCUAAACAAAGUGCCAUGUUCUUUUGUUGUAAUUAUACAUCUAACCUAUUCACCAUUUUUUUACAACAAUCUUUUCUAUUCUUUUUAAUUUUUGUUGGAUCUGUACCACAGAUGACCCUUUGACGGCUAUAAUAUUACCGAGAAAUGGUGAAACAAAAAAGCAUGGUUUUUGCCAUCUAA